AGUGUACGGUUUGAGCUCGAGUGCAUCAGUCGUCAGAAUUGAACGCCACGAGAGGGAGUGUAUAGUUGUAAGUGGAAGUGCCACAUCAUGGCCACACGGCCUGACAGGGUGGUCACAUAUACCCCCCAAUGUGUCUCUCCCAUGGCAAUCACAAGGGUAUUAUGUAAUUCAAGAAAAUCCUGUGAACAAAUAUAUGUGCAUCCGUUGAUAGACAUUACAGUGCUAUCUCAUGGAUCACACGGUAAUCAAUUGAGUUGUGGGACACACCAAACGAACUAUUGACUAAAGACUGUAUGUUAUUUCUGAGAUCCGGUGUCGCGUACCUUACUAGCUCCCUCGCUCACUCGGUCACUUAAAAACAAUCCGUCUCUAAACAAGUGUACAGUUGUUGAAAGUGCUGACCCUCUAAUGUGAACAGGAUUCAGAAAGACGCGCUCAUUCUUUUAGUGUAAGAAAAAAAAUCAGAAAAGAAAUAAAUUGGAACAAACAUAUUAAAAAGAGCGCAUCGCAAAAGGGGAUGGAGGAAAAAUCUGGCUGAAAGGUGAAUAAAUGUCUUGGCUAGAAAGCAAAACGUAUUAAACUGCAAGAAAAAAAAAUUACUCCACCAUUCCCCAUAAAGAAGUAAGAGAAAAGUAAUGCUUAUAAGUCAAUAACGACUAAAAAGUAAAUUAAAGGUUCAUAAGUUCAGCGAAAAGUGAACCAAGUACCGUCGUUACGUCAAUUGAAUGUACGGAUACUGUUAAAAAAAAAUAGAAUCGUACACAACAACUAAGGCUUGUAAAUGCUACUUCCGCAAUUUGCAAUAUACUUUUCGGUGGUAAUUGGUGCGGAGUCUUCAUCUAGAGUAAUACAUUCAUCGUCUUUCUGACUCCGAUAGGACUCAAGUGGGGUAACCACUUACACCGCUCAUUUUCUACGUAACCUUGAUUGGUUUGUAAGCACCCAUGGAAAGCGUUAUGUUGGUUUGAAUUUGACAAGAAGAUAAUCCUCAAUUUUUCACACUUGGUGAAACCUGAGUCUAAAGACUGAAUCCAACAGAAACACCUCUGCCCUCAAGCACACCUCAAGUCUGUAGACUAGGCAACUAAACUAGAUUCGGGAAACAACUGCAGAAUUAUUUAAACUCAAGACACAGAAACUCUUUGAGAAAACCGGAGGAACCAACAGUGCUAUAAAUCAAAAUUACAGUUUGGAAGGAAAGAAAGACAUUUUGAACUUGGACAAAGCCACAAAAAGCUUCACAGGAAGUGAAAUUAUUUCCUUACUUUUUUUUCCUUUUUCUCACAAAGCCGCUUUCUUCUGAAAUAACAUACUGUGAGUUGUUUCGUCAUCUUCCAUUAAACUUGAAUUGGGUUCUUUUUUCUUUUUCAUUUUAUUUUUUGUUUCGUGAAACUGUGCAUUGAAUAUUUUCACAUAUUGUACCCGUCCUUAAACAUAAAUAAGGAGAAAAAGAGUAGAAGUGCAAAAGAUUAUGCCAAAACACAAGUAGUAGUAAUAUUUAGAAUUGAGACAGUGAGAUACUAUAAAAAAAACUCCAUAUACAAAGCAUCAGGAUCAAAAGUGAAGGACAGAAGCAGUGACUAAUAAGUGAAAGAAAAUAACUCCAGAAAUAGGAGACUAAGUGUAGCUAUUUCUAUUAUUUUUUGGAUGUCUUGUAGUGAACUGUGCAAGGCACCAUGCUGUAGUUGCUCGUAGGCUUAAGACAACAGUUCACAUAGCUUGAUUAUAUACAGGAGGUAUUCAUAUAUAUUGAUAAACAAUUAAUGGCCACAUUGCAUAAAUUUGUGUUUGUUUGCAUAUCGUUUUAAUUGAAUAAUUAUUAGAUUAUCCCUUGUAUCAAUUAUAAAAAAAAAGACAUUUCGAUGACUACAUAGAAUAAUAGUCAAAGAAAGAAACAUAGGCUGAUCCAAUCCAAUACAGCACUUGUGAAUAGUGUUUUAUGGUUCCUAAAUAUAAGAUACUUGAUAAUCAUAUAAUUCUCCAACUGAUACAACCUACUUGGAUAACCAUAAAUUGACCCUACUCUUGUGAGAAUUCUCAUAGACAGAACCAGUCCGAUAUUUCGAGUUCCCAGUGUUAAUCAUGUUGCGCGAAACUCUGCAAACGUUAACCUGUUUGAGUGUCCUUAGUGGCACAUAUUCCCUCCAUAUGGCGAGAGACUCCUACCGUCGUGAUGAUCAUGUGAGUGACGUGGGAUUGCAUACAGUUAAGCAAGUGGAUUCUCAUGAUCACCACGACAAUAGCCUACCAAUUGAUCAUCGCCUGAUACAUCCCCUGAGUGGCUUCCUGCCAGACAUUGACACAGGGCGGAGUAGUGAGGAAGACACAUAUUCAAAUCUUAACCCAAACUACUCCGAGGAUGUUCCACCAAAAGCCUUGCAGGAGUUAUUCAACACAGACACUCUCAGGCAGAAGGACAUACAGAUGCAUAAUAAACGUACACCGAGCGGAAGUGGCGCGGUGCAGGGCAAUGGGGGUGGUUCAACUGGCACAAGUUCCACAUCCGGCAUCCCAAAUCUACCGCCCGUACCGCAUAGCAUUGCAAAUCAACUCAUGUUGCGGAGUGUACGCGGACAGAGGCAAUACGAUGUGCCACAAAUAGAGUGUCCGCCAGCCAUGGACGGCAUGGAGAGGUUUGCGUGUCCGACACCGGACAGGCAGGGUCGAUAUCGGUGUAUAGACGAUCACGUAUUAUGUGACGGUUUCAUCGACUGUCCGGACGGUGAAGAUGAAGACCGACAAGCCUGUAUGUUUUACAAAACGACGAAAGCUCACCUGGAUGUGUUAGCGGACGCCCUGUUACGAUGGGCUCGAGGGCGUUAGAAUGGAACUGAGACUACUGAUGUUAACGUAAAUCUUAAAGAAAAACACAUUAAGAGUAAAUACACUAAAGAAAACGUAGAUGGGUGUAUUUAUAUGAGAAAAAUAUACAUAUACAAUUCCAACCAAAUGAAGAAACCCAAAUAUCAAUAAAUCAUUCACAAUUUACACCAUACCAUACCUUCUUACAUUUACAUUUUAUUUGCCAUUUAACAAAAUGAACAUCAUAAAAUCGACACUGUAACAAGAAAUGCCACACAAAACUCUCAAGAAACAAAAAUCAACGCAACAUCUUUGAUUAAAAUAGAUCAUGUUAAGAAUGCUAUCUCAUAAAAAAUUGAACCAAACAAACUAAUAUAUAUGAGAUAUUACCAAGUUUUGAAUAAAAAAGACAGGUUAAUUCCACACAAACUCCCCUUGCUUGAAAAUGUGUUCCCAAGAGACACACCUUUUUUCUUCCCUUAUUUCAUUCCCUAUCGCGUAUUGAAAUUUAAGUAAAAAAAAACAACACAUUACACAUCAAAAUUAAAUUGACAUUCACACCAAAAAAAGAAAA